CUUCUCUUUAGUCCUCCCAUCUACACGUGAUGAAACAAGACAAAAGAAUAUCAAAAUCCAUAUACUCUCUAAAUAGUUGAAAAAGUACUCUUUCUCUCUCUCUCUCUCUCUCGUAUAUAUACACACAUAUUUCUUGUUCAUACUAACACACACCAUGGCGGCGGAGAUUGCGAAGGAGCCGAUCGAGGGCAAUCGGACGACCAUCGUCGAAGAUGGUGGUGAAUUGGGGAAGAACGUGAGAUGGAAGAAGCUUCAACCAUGGACGAGGCAAUUAACGGUUAGAGGGGUAACAGUGAGCGUCAUUAUUGGAAGUGUUUAUAGUGUGAUAGUGAUGAAACUAAACCUGACCACGGGACUUGUCCCAAAUCUCAAUGUCUCUGCCGCUCUUCUUGCAUUUGUUUUUGUUCGGACGUGGACUAAAGCACUGCAAAAAGCUGGGUUUGUAACUAAACCCUUCACUCGUCAAGAGAACACCAUGAUCCAGACUUGCGCUGUUGCUUGUUACAGUAUUGCAGUUGGAGGUGGAUUUGCUUCAUAUUUACUGGGGAUGAACAGAAAAACAUAUGAGUUAUCGGGAAUAAACACAGAAGGAAAUUCUUCGUACAGUGUGAAAGAGCCAGGAUUGGGGUGGAUGACUGCAUUUCUUUUUGUUGUUUGCUUUGUGGGUCUUUUUGUUUUGAUUCCUCUUAGAAAGGUUAUGAUAGUGGACCUUCAAUUGACAUAUCCUAGUGGCAUGGCGACAGCGGUACUCAUCAAUGGCUUUCACACUCAGGGUGAUGACAUGGCAAAAAAGCAAGUUAAAGGGUUUAUGAAGUACUUUUCAUUUAGCUUCUUAUGGGGUUUAUUCAAAUGGUUCUUUAAAGGCAAAGAAAAGUGUGGUUUCUCUGAGUUUCCCACUUUUGGACUUAAAGCUUGGAACCAAACAUUCUUCUUCGAUUUUGACUCGACUUUUGUGGGAGCAGGGAUGAUUUGUUCCCACUUAGUGAAUUUGUCUUUACUUCUAGGAGCCAUCUUAUCUUAUGGCUUAAUGUGGCCUCUUCUUGAUCGACUCAAAGGUCAAUGGUACCCUGAAAGCUUAGAAGAAAGUGACAUGAAGAGUUUAUAUGGAUACAAGGUUUUUUUAUCUGUUGCUCUAAUUCUAGGAGAUGGACUUUACAACUUUAUCAAGAUUCUUGGUUCAACAAUCUUAAAUGUACGCGAUAGAGUCAAGAAAGCAAAAGCAGGUUAUUCUACGAUAUAUUUUUCUUUACUACCUUCGUUCAAGUUAAAAUUGUUAGAAUUACUUUUUAGUUCUAACACGACUUAUAUUAUUUCAAUAGGUUUAGAUGACAAUGAGAAAACAGAAAUGGAUGAAAAGAAAGACGAAAUGUUCUUAAGAGAAAGUAUCCCGUUAUGGGUGGGACUCAUUGGUUACACAACCUUGGCUACAAUUUCCACCAUUGUUAUCCCACAAAUGUUCCCUCAACUCAAAUGGUACUUUGUCAUUAUUGCCUACGUCCUUGCCCCCGCCCUUGCCUUCUGUAAUGCUUAUGGGGCCGGUCUCACCGACAUCAACAUGGCCUACAACUAUGGCAAGGUUGCUCUCUUUCUUCUAGCUGCCCUCAGCCCAAAACACGAUGCCCUCAUCGCAGGUCUUGCUGGUUGCGGUCUCAUAAAGUCGGUCGUCUCAGUUGCAUGCAUUCUCAUGCAAGAUUUCAAAACAGCCCACUUGACCUCCACUUCCCCUAGAGCAAUGUUUGUAAGCCAAAUGAUCGGCACGGCAGUCGGGUGUGUCACAGCGCCAUUAAGCUUCUUCUUAUUCUACAAGGCAUUCGACGUGGGAAAUCCUAAAGGGGAAUUCAAGGCGCCAUAUGCCUUGAUAUAUAGGAACAUGGCGAUUCUCGGAGUUGAGGGAGUCUCGGCUUUACCGAAGCACUGCUUGCAGAUAUGUUACGGGUUUUUCGGGUUCGCAAUCGGGGUGAAUCUAGUGAAGGAUUUUGGAGGUAGGAGGAUAGGGAAAUUGAUGCCAUUGCCAAUGGUAAUGGCAGUGCCAUUUUUGGUUGGGGGGUAUUUCGCUAUUGAUAUGUGUUUGGGGAGUUUGAUUGUGUUUGUUUGGGGGAAAAUGAAUAGGGAGAAGGCUGAGAUGAUGUUGCCGGCGGUGGCAUCUGGCUUGAUUUGUGGGGAAGGUCUUUGGACUUUACCGGCUUCUGUUCUUGCUCUUGCCAAGAUUAAUCCUCCCAUUUGUAUGAAGUUUGUCCCUUCAUAGCUUCAAAUUAAGCUUUACUUUUUUAAAUAUAUGUCAAUGAGCUACACAAUUGCUGUCUAAAUUUGUAAGGUUUUGUAAUUCUAAGUAUGUAUGGUUACAUUCUAGAGCCGUUGUGUUGUUCUUUAUAGUUUGGUUGGUGGCUAUUGUGUACCUCGUCAUUUAAAUUUUAUAUAUAUAGUAGUGUAGUUUGAGAUCA